AAGUGACGUUAAAAAAGUAAGAAUAAUUUGUUAUGGUAUGUUGGCAGGAGGCGGAGACGAUCUCAUCAACUUCGUUGACUUAACAUAGGGGAAAAUGCUGCUUGAUGAAACGUGGAUUGGUUGCUGGAGAAAUGAUGACAGUCCAGUGCGAGAUGACUGCUCAUGAGAGGAACAAGAAAAUUAUUUGGAUAUUGACUUCUUAAACAGGAUUUUUUUUAGCUUAAUUUAAGGAUUCCUGAAAAUGUUCAACAUACGAAGAGACUUUAUAAACAUGGAUUAAGUUCGGCGAUUCAAAAGGCCUACUUUGUCACAAUGGUGAUUUUGUCAGAGGAAAAAGUGGUGAACCACUCCAGCAGACCACUGCAAGUAGGUUUCUACGAGAUCAUCAAGACAUUAGGCAAAGGAAACUUUGCUGUAGUCAAACUAGCUAGACAUAAAGUCACCAAAACGGAGGUUGCCAUAAAAAUCAUUGAUAAAACUCGACUGGAUGAAUCUGACCUGAAGAAGAUUAAACGAGAGGUUCAGAUCAUGAAGCUUUUGAAGCAUCCACACAUAAUCAAGCUCUACCAGGUUAUGGAGACCAAAGACAUGCUGUAUAUUGUGACGGAGUAUGCCAAGAAUGGAGAGAUGUUUGAUUAUCUUACUUCAGUUGGUCUUCUAAGUGAGGCAGAAGCUCGUUCUAAGUUCUGGCAAAUCGUUGAUGCUGUAGAAUAUUGUCACAAACAUCACAUUGUACACCGAGACCUGAAAGCAGAAAAUUUACUCCUGGACAGUAACAUGCGUAUGAAACUGGCAGACUUUGGUUUUGGGAACUUCUAUAUUCCUGGUAAAUCUUUAUCCACCUGGUGUGGGAGUCCUCCUUAUGCCGCCCCAGAGGUCUUUGAGGGGAAGGAGUAUGAGGGACCAUCCUUGGAUAUCUGGAGUCUGGGAGUACUGCUGUAUGUAUUGGUUUGUGGCACACUACCUUUUGAUGGCACUUCUCUCCCUGCCUUAAGAAGAAGAGUCACUGAUGGACGCUUCAGAGUGCCAUUCUUUAUGUCACAAGACUGUGAAAGCCUUAUACGGAGAAUGUUGGCUGUUGACCCUGCCAAGAGAUUCAGUGUGGCACAAAUCAAGCAGCAUCGCUGGAUGCAGGCUGAUCAUUCGGCUAUAUGUCAAUCCAUUUCUUCCUCUUCCUGCUUUGAGGCUCAGGAAACUUACAAUGAAGCAGUUCUGAGUAUUAUGGAGACAGUGGGCAUUGACAGGAAGAGGACCAUAGAGUCUCUUCAGAACAGCAGCUUCAACCACUUUUCUGCUAUCUACUGCCUGCUGUUAGAAAAAGUGACAAAGCAUCAAGCACUGCAGCAAAGCAAUCUGGGAAGUGAGUGUCUGAAAGAACCAUGUCACUCUCCUCAGGGGAUGGUGCUGCCUCUGGAGGAGGAUCUCAGCACACUAGAAUACACAUGCUCCAUUUCUGCUACCUGUCAGCUCGAGACACAGGUGGGGCAUUUGAAAAAGGAGGAGAAAGAGGAUCAAGCCCUGGACAGUCUUUCUGUGGAGUCCAGAAAAUCACAGAGACACACUUCCCCAGAUGCCUCUGCAUCCCAGAAGUUUUCCUGCUUGCCAAGUAUUGUCAUAGAUCAUGUUGAUGGCUCCACCCCAGACUGCUGCCUCCACUCCUCUCCUUGUGCUUCUACUAGUUCUUUCACCAACAUCUCCAACCCAUUAGAGAUUAGCACUGACACCAGUGGCCGCACGACUCAGGGAUUACAUCCGUAUUCACUAGGGAAUUCUGUCUUUUGUUCAUCCACCCUUGGGCACCAGAGUUAUCUUCCUCUGCCCAGCUUUCAGGAGGGAAGGAGAUCCUCAGAUACCUCACUUACACAAGGGGUGAAGGCUUUCCCAACUCAUUUGAGGAAGAAUGAUUAUAUUAAGGGCCAGUUGAGUUGGAAUGAAUUUAAAGGGCCUGUGGUAUGCACGUGCAUCCUAGACAGCAACCCACAAAGCAUUAGUACAUCGAUGGUUUUGACAAACCCCCCAUGCUGCCCAGUGGCACACCACAAUGGUGUCUUGAAGAAUUCUUUCAGAAAUGAAAGGUUGGUUCCCUUCUCAUGCCAUCAAAGGCAGCUGCACUUUCUCUCAUUGCAGCCUGCUCAUUCCCCUGAUCACAUGAGGAAUGGCACAGGUCUUGAAUCACAGAGCUUCUCUAGUCCACCGCACCAUGAGAGGAUUCCCAUCAGACACUCAUCCUGCUCCCAGAAGCCUCAGCUCCCUCCACAUGAAUCUCUAUCUUCUCUCUCCUGUUCUUCCUCUAUUGUGGCAUCAGCCGCACAGCUUCUUGAAACUGGACUGCAGAUCAGUCCACAAUAUCAGUCUCUGCCUCAGGCUGGGCUUCACAAUGGUACUGUCUUACCCUCAGCUAAGUGACAAUGAUUUGAUCCAUUGUUAACAAUACACAGUUUAGUAUUUGUCUAGUGUGCACUUAGUAGUGCUUGAGAGUUUAAGGGUGAGUGACUGAAACUGACUGAUAAAUAAAUAGUCUCUAGAUCUGAUUUAGCUAGAUGUGUGAAGAAUAGAAUUUAAUAGUUUUAUAGAGACAUCAUAUUGCUUGGUCUUUUUUGUCAUGAUUGUAGUUAUUUAGGCCUAGAUAUUCUCCAUCAAGUGUUGUAUAUAAAUAUAUUAUUAUUAUACAUCGAUUAAACCAUUUACUACGACUCAUGCAGAUGUUGUUUUUGUAUCACAAUUUAAUAGUAACAUUAUUUGUAUCAUUAAUAAUAGAAGAUAACUUAAGUUGUUAUU